AUGGCGGACUUCACGGCGAUCGAGCGGCACACGUUGCACGUAUUGAAGGAAACAAGCAAUGCCAUCAAAAUGCCCACCGAUCAAGAAACUGGCCGUCCUGCCGAUAUACUGGCACAACUCAGUGAAAAGCUGAAGAUGAAUGAACCGGUCCGUGUCUCUGUGCAGGAUGAUGAAAGCGGAUUUCAGAAAUACGAGUGCACCACGCCCGUCGGGAAGUAUAUCCUUGCCCUUGCUGCAAGCACUGAUUGCAGCGCAUCAGCCGUCCAGGACCAAAUCACUGAACUUAAGUGCAAGCUGCUGGUUUCCUUUCCUGAGCGUCUGGCCAACGUAGUUGCUCAAAACCGAAGCGCCCCAUUUCUCUUCGACGCCGUACUUUAUUGGGAGCGCCUUUGUGACACCGUAUUGCUCUUUUAUUUCGCAAAAGGUUGGCACGCGAACAACUGCGAAGGAGUACAGAUUGACACAAAACACUUAUUAAAUAUUCUGAAAGUGCUAACUGUUUCGCUGCUCCGACGAGGGAAGAGUGAUAUCAUGAUGCGCCGUUUGGGAAUGCUACCGAGGUACCUUUUUGGUGGCGAGCGCUUCUGCGAGCGGUUUGCUCACCUAAUGGAAGCUGCUUUUGAAGCCAGCAAGAAACCACAUUUUUCUCUCAAAUCGUGGAGACGAAUAGAAGUAUCUAGCACUUGGCAUCACUGGAAUUCUCUGCUUUUUCGCUUAGUUGAGAAGCGGGCAGAGAUCAAAACAGCUAUUAUCAGCGCCGUUAGUAUGCUGGUAAAUAGCGUACCUGACGAUAACUCAACCUCACUGGCCAGUAAUAUCUUUAACACAGUUUGUGUACAUCAGCUGUCUGUUGCUGGGCCAACACGCGCAACCGCACGCACUAUUAUUAACGAUUUUCUCCCUACUGUAGCAGGUGCUGCCAAUGUAGAUAAUGCGCUUACGCAUAGGGAACAAGAGUGCUUUAGCGCACUUUUUCGGAAGUGGGAAAACAAAGAGUUUGUUACCUCUGCCGAUUUGAGUCUGAAUGUCGGACUUCUGCAUCCAAUCAUGUACGCACUUUUGUACAUGCACAAAAAAAAGCCUGCCGACAACAGAUUUCCUGAUGCAUUUGUCGGGCCUCUUCUUACUGGCGUGACACUUCGCCUCGAUAGCACACGCGGCUCCGAAUUGCGAAACUGCGCCAUGACCGUUGCUGCGGCAUACACAGCGCUUUUUGUAACAAGCCCCGACGGCGUCGCCCCAUUGCUGCAAGAUGCCCACUUCUCUGCCGCGCUCAACGAGUGGAUGAAAGAGGAACCAGGCACCCCACACUACGCUGCAACCAUGAACACCGGGAUGCAGAUGAAAGAUACACCCGUGAGCACAGUAGGUUUAGAGAUGCGAGUGUCUACACUAAUGGAGAUGUUUCCCUUGGAUCCAGAUGAGGAGUAUCAUUUUUUUUCUAUGCCAAGUUCGCACCGAGCGGAAAAAGUGAUCGCAGCGCAGUGCAUUCAUUCGCCUGUCUCACUAAUACAACUCGACUCGACAGAAGCCCCUCUUCCGUCUUUUGGCCAACAAAAAUACGCGAAAGACGAAUUGGACGAUCACGUACCCAUUCUCAGCAGCAUUCGUGAGUGCUACAAUGCGUUGGUCGGUGUGGGGCGAGGCCCUAACGCGCAACUGCACGAAAUCCAGGAAGCCACUGAAGGUGGUUUGCGGGGGCUUUCCGAUGCAUUCAGUAAGCUCCAGCAGCGGAUCGGCUCUGAUUUGUUCAAUGCAGUAAGCAGGGAGACAGGUGUGCUUGUUCCUGUCCUGUUACCCACACUGAUUUCACUGAGUAUUUAUUCUCCUGAGGAGCAAAAGCAACGUUUGAUACAGCUGCGCUACAAGAUUAUCGUGGGCCUCAUUGUUUUGAAUCCCCCUUUAGCUCUGAACCAGUUGGGCGAAAUGGUGUACCGCAGCAAUUACGGAAUUUACCAACGAACAGAGCUCAUAAAAGCAAUUGGCGAAGCUGCUUCUGUGCUGUCACAAGUAGAGGUUGUACCAGAACCUGUCGCAGCCACUAUGGCUCCAAGCGAGCAAGUCAUAGUUACCAAGAAGUGCAAACAGAUUUAUCCACCAAUUCCCACGCACGAGUUGCCAAGUGACCGUAAAACGUCCAUUCUUGUGAACGAGGGCAAGCACACACGUCGUUGGGGAAAUGCGGUAGUAGCACGCCAAAAUCGCACGCGGCUAAAACAUUAUCACAACUUACUUGGGGAUGUUGCUACAGCGUUUGUGGCAGUCUUUUUGCAUAAACUUGACGCUGAUCAUUUUGCUUUUUUCCAAGAAGUGGAUCCGUAUACGCCGUGUGCAAUUCUUGACUCCCUCACAACUGUUUUUCAAGGCAUUACAAAUGUUCGGCACGUCGCUGUAGAGCUCUCUGAAAAGAACUUUGACUUCUUUUUCACUGUUUGUACGCGCCACCCAAAUCUCUCUGUUCGGAAAGCGGCAUGGACUUCCGUGGUGGAAGUGAUGCGUACGUGGUGUGGCGUAGCUCCUCUCUGGAUUCGUCGGAAAGACGGUGAGCGGGUCUUGAACCGAGACGCUGUAGCCUCUAGCUCACUUAUCUUUACAAAAGCAUGGUUGAGUGCGCUGGAAAUGUUGCAGCACACUUGCACGGAGAUGGUGCGGAAGAAUGAUCCUUGUGUACGCACAGCCUUGAUUGCAGUUUCGACUCUGCGCGAUUUGGUGUGUGAUAGAGAUGAUUUUCACUCUAUGCUCGCUCGUGUAGAAGAGCAUGCUUUAGGUGAGUAA